AUAAUUAUUGCAUGCAUUUAGAAGACAUUUCCUUUAUAUGGCACAAUGAUUAACAUCUAGUAAGAUGCUCUGGACCGGUUUCACGUGACUCCCCUCUUUGUUGCAGACUCCACCUCUUUCACGUGAACGCGCCUUAAGCCGAAUUAGAAAAUCCAGGGUUAACAAAGCUCGCUGAUGUGCAGCUGCAUAACACCGCUUUCCACCGUCUUUUUCCUCAUUUCCGUCGCUUAGACAGUUAAUGGUUGAUGUGAAGCGUACCGUGACUAACUGUCGCAUUUAUUAAGGUCGGGUUUGAUCCGUUUUGACGACCGCGUAGGGUUAAGAUCUGAUUACUAAAUCUAGCAUUGAAACAUCUCGGAUAACUGCGCGCACCCGCUCAGCCACAGAGGGAAGAGCAAUCGAACACCGAGACCCGGAUCACCAUCCAUGAACACAGACAGAGAUUUCCAAAUGAUGAAAAAACAUGAGAGGGCACAUUUUUUCAGCUCUAAAGAGCAGGAACUCAUUUUGAAGUUGUAUGAAGAAGAGAGAGAGAUAUUGACAGCCAAAUCCAACACUACCAGUGCCUCUAAGCUGAGAGAGGAAGCCUGGCAGAGAAUUGCUGAUAAAAUAAACGCGGUAUCGGACAGCGGCUACAAAAGGACGUGGCAGCAAGUGAAAGUCAAACAUAAAAAUAUAGUGCAAACAGCAAAAAGAAGACAGGUGGAGGUGAUGAGGAAUGAGGGGGGAUCAGCAACCCCGUCGCUGACCUCUGCAGAGGAGGAUGUGCUGCAGCACAAAGACAACAGGCUGAGAGUGGAGGUCCUCCCUGGGGGCGCUUGUAUCGAGCCACUGACUGGAUCUGACAGCUCUUUUAUUAGUGUGUCAGGCCAUCCUGUCCUCCUCCUGCCUAUAACAAAAACUGAACCAGAGAGCUUGAGCAGCGAUGAGACAGACAUCAGUGACACUCAUUUUGAAGGGGAUGUGCACAGUAGCAGCUUCCAGGAGAGGGUCAACUCAGCGUGUGCUGCAACUGGUGGAAGAAAGGCCGAGAGACGGACAGAAGACAUAAGAGCCCUUUACUGCUGCUACCUCAAGAAGGAGAUAGAGAACCGUGACCAACAGAUGGCAUACAGAGCACUGAAAAUGAGGAAGUUGGAGAAAGAAAUUUUAUUACUUGAUAAGCAGCUGAUGUGACCAUGCAAAGAAAUGCUAAUGUUUUUAUAUCAGUAUUAUAUUAUGUUAAAACAUGAUUUAUUUAAGGUCAGAGUUAACUGCAAUGGUGGGCAGCAAUGUCUCUUGCAAUUCUGCCAUUCAUUUGUGCCGGACCCUUUGUUAUUGUUGCAGUAUUACACUGUGCAGCUCUACAUAUGCAACAGUACAGAGGGCCUACACUAUCUAGCGCAGUCCGCAGACUGGGAUAAUAUUGGAAUCUUUCCUUUAGUUGCCCAAAGGUCAUUUCAAUCCCGUCAUUAUCUCGGUAAGAGUUGACCCAAGGUGGGCUUGAAGCCCAGUGAGACUUCAGGUUAGUGUCAUGAAGAAGUGGAGUCCCCUGUGGAGGUGCUGUGUAAACCCUGUGCCCCAGGAGGAUUCAUUAUCACGUGAGUUACUGUGCAUUGACACACUUAACUGCUCUCCAGCACAUUGGAUUUCAAAAUGAAUUUAUGAAACAACGAAAGACUCAGCAAGUGAAACAAAUGCUCUGUUGGAUUGAGAUCAGGGAACUUCUAGUCAAGACCAUUUUUUUGGUUGCUUUGUGUGUAUGAUUUGGACACAUUGUGGUCAGCCACACAUCACUUUGCUUAAACAUUCAGAAUAAGAUGUGGAAUCACCGAUAAUGUGAAGUAAAAAAGUUGAAAC